AAUCAGUCCCCCAUUAAAGCCACCUCUGCUAGCCAGACUCUGAAAAAAACAUGUAAAGAAGUGAUUUGUCGGCUUUGACCGUUUGAAUUAGAGUUUUAAAACAGUCUUUAAACCAUUCUUAAGAAUUUUUCCUACCGGCACAAUUGAAUUUGACCAGAUUUUGUAGGAAGAAUAAACGACGAACAAGAAGCACAUCACUUACAGAAAAUUUUUCACGUGCCCAAUCUGCACCUGAAUUCAAGUUCCGAUCUUUCAACCACCCAUGGCUGCUUCUCACCUUCUUUGCAGUAGCUAUGUCUUCCCCACUUCCCAAAACUCCUUCAGAAGUAGCCAUUUUUCUCAAUUCAGACCAAAUGGGACAUCCAAUUUUCAUUCUAAGCUUCGGUUUCAGAGACCCCAUUUGGUUAGAGCCAUGGCUUCCGAUUCCGACACUUCUAAGAGACAAGUAGAGAUUGUGUAUGACCCUGAAGCAAGGUUUAACCAGUUGGCUGAUGAAGUGGACAGGGAAGCUCCCCUUUCGAGGCUUACUUUGUUCUCUCCUUGCAAGAUAAAUGUUUUCUUGAGAAUAACAAACAAGAGGGAAGAUGGGUAUCAUGACUUGGCAUCCCUUUUUCAUGUGAUAAGUCUAGGUGACAUAAUUAAGUUCUCUUUGUCACCUUCAAAAACCAAGGAUAGCCUCUCAACCAAUGUGUCUGGGGUGCCCCUUGAUGAUAGAAAUCUGAUUAUUAAGGCGCUUAACCUUUAUAGGAAGAAGACUGGUAGCGACAAGUUCUUUUGGAUUCAUCUGGAUAAACGAGUGCCUACUGGGGCAGGGCUUGGUGGUGGAAGUAGCAAUGCUGCAACUGCACUAUGGGCAGCAAAUCAAUUUAGUGGUGGCAUUGCUUCAGAGAAAGAACUCCAAGAAUGGUCAAGUGAGAUUGGAUCAGAUAUUCCCUUCUUUUUCUCUCAGGGAGCAGCCUAUUGCACUGGUCGAGGAGAGGUUGUUGAGAAUAUUCCUCCACCAGUUUCUCUGGACGUUCCAAUGGUUCUCAUAAAACCCCCACAAGCAUGUUCAACUGCAGAAGUCUACAAGAGGCUACGUUUGGACCAGACUAGUAAUGUUGAUCCUUUAACAUUGUUGGAGAAGAUCUCAAAACUUGGUAUCUCACAAGAUGUUUGUAUUAAUGAUUUAGAACCUCCCGCUUUUGAAGUUCUUCCAUCUCUCAAAAGACUGAAGCAGCGCAUUAGUGCAGCUGGUCGUGGAGAAUAUGGUGCUGUUUUUAUGUCAGGAAGUGGAAGCACCAUUGUUGGAAUUGGCUCUCCUGAUCCUCCACAAUUUGUUUAUGAUGAUGAUGAAUACAAAGAUGUGUUCUUAUCAGAUGCCUAUUUUCUAACUAGAGAGGAAAACCAGUGGUAUCAAGAACCUGCUUCAAAUCCUUCUUCUGCCUCUGCUUCUGUUGUUUCAGAGUCUGUUUAACCAUAUGGUCUUUCAAGAUAAGAAGACAAUAAUGCAAAAAUGCAAAAUUGCAUUAUCUUGUAUUUUUUUCUCCUGCAUCAUUCAGUGGUGUAAAAAUUAAGUUUUGCAAUUUAACUGCUGGGAAACAAUAAAAUUAGAGAGAAAAUCGAUUGAAUAAAUAUUAAGCAGGGGCAUCUAAGAAGUAACAAUGUCCGAAUAAUUUGUCCUGGUUAUUAGCAAUUAUUCAGAGACCAAAAAAAUAAUGUUGCAAGUUAAAGAUGAUCUUAGUUCUGUUUCAAAGUUGGAUGAUCUUUUUUAUUUUUAUACCACUUAAUGUAAUUAACAUUGGAAUGUUUUUAUGGCGAAAAUUUGAUUUUUGAUA